AUGGGGAGGGGCGGCGGCGGCAAGGCGGCGGCGGCGGGCAACAGCUCGGUGAACAAGGGCGGCAUGGACGCUGUGGACAGCAGGCAGCAGGUGGAUCUCGACAGGUUCAUAGCACACUGCCAGGAGCUGCAGGCCAGCUUCACGCUCGCACUGAGCAAAACUUACAUUCGUGCUGUGGAUGGCCUGCGCAAUCGGCUCAUGGUGACGGAGUGGGAGCUUGGGCUGCGGCCCAUUGCACUUCAGAUUGGCGUGAGCCGGUUUGAGGCUUGGUGCGUCGCCAACCGCGUGGAUAUGCAGCUAUCAUACGGCAUUUUCGAUGCCAUCACCACCCUUUAUGAGGACCCGACCGACCUUAGCGGGAUUGAUGACCCAUUCUUGCGCAUGCAGGCGCGCUCCAUCAUCACGCAGGCAAGCAGGGCGGAGGCAGAGGAGCGGGCCAAGGCCUGGGAGUCCUGCACCGCCGAAGCGCAGAAAUUGGCUUCUCAGUUCUCCGAGGCGGAGUUCAUCUCGUCGCUCAUCCCAGAUCCUAUCGAGCAUGGGGUGGUCGACGGGUUGAGGAAGCUGGUGGCACCCAUGAUGGGCAAGACAGCUGGGUAA